AGAAUCGAUUGUUUUCAUUGCGUAAUUGCUAUCAAAUAUAAAUUGACAACAGACAGCGUAAAGUAUAAAUACCAGCAAAAAAAAAAAUGUCUGGAGAAGAUCAUGAAAUCAAUACAGAUGAAAGUGAAGAAGAAGAAGAAAAGAUGGAUGAUGGUGAAGAAGUACCUCUUGUGAUUGAUAAUGAUGAAAUAGAUAUUGACCUUACGCAUUGCAGAAUAAGAAAAAUUGAGCAUUUUGACAGCCUGACAUCUGUUGAGACAAUGUGUCUAAGGAAUAAUUUAAUAAAAAAGAUUGAAAAUCUUCAUAUGCUUACUACCUUGAGAGAGCUGGAACUCUACGAUAACCAGAUUACUAAAAUUGAAAAUCUGGAUGCUUUAGUGAAUUUAGAAAUUCUUGACAUUUCAUUCAAUCGCAUCACAAAAAUUGAAAACUUAGAUAGUUUAUUAAACCUGAGGAAACUUUUCCUAAUUAAUAAUAAAAUCACCAAAAUUGAAAAUUUGGGACAUUUGGAGAAUUUGGAAAUGUUAGAACUUGGGUCCAACAGAAUAAGGGUGAUUGAAAAUUUAGAAGGAUUAAAGAAUUUGACAAAUUUAUUUUUGGGAAAGAAUAAAAUUUCUAAAAUUCAGAAUCUAGAAGCAUUAGAAAAUUUAGAAUUGCUGAGCUUACAGAGCAAUAGAAUUACAAAGGUUGAAGGCUUGCAAAACUGUUUAAAACUUGAGCAUCUGUAUUUGAGCCACAAUGGAAUCGGUGAAAUUGAAGGUCUUGAGAACAAUGUGAAAUUGCAGACAUUAGACAUGACUUCUAACAAAAUAAAAAGAAUAGCUAACAUUGAUCAUUUGGUUGAUCUGGAAGAAUUUUGGUUUAAUGAUAAUGAAAUUGAUUCCUGGGAAUGCUUAGAAGUGCUGAAAAACUUCAAGAAAUUAGAAACUGUGUAUCUCGAACAUAACCCCAUUGCUGAGGACCCAAUGUACAGAAAGAAAAUCAAACUUUUAGUACCAUGGAUCAAGCAGAUUGAUGCAACAAUGGCCCAGUGCAACUAAGCAAAUUAUUUGUCCAUGGCUGUAUUAUAAUUUUUGAAAUUGGUAACAUGUAUUUUUGCAAAUUAAGUAUACUUAACUGCAAUUAUUUCAUGUAAUUCUGUUUAUGAACAUACAUAUUCUUCUCUAACUAAGUAUUUAUUCAUCUGUGCAUAUCUUUUAGAAACUGCAUUUUAUUAUGUUUUUCACUGUGAUACGAAGUUGUUCUACUCCUUCCAUAGACCUUGAAUGUAGUUGUGUUGCAGUCUCUUUCUCUUUUGUGUAUUGAAAGAAACUUGUGUUAUACAAGAAAUUUUCAAUAAAUUUUAAUAUCAUUGCC